AUGCUGCCAGGCCCUGGGAGGUGUGACGGGCGUCCCGGCGCCGCUGUCCGGUACCUGGUGUCCGCCUGCCUGCUGUCCCUGCUGCUCUACCUGCCGGAGGCUCGGGCGUCUUAUUACCCCCAGAGCGGAGAGUGCAAAGGCAAAGGGAAGGACUGUACAGAUCUGUCAGAGAAGAAGAGCGACCUGAGGGUCUGUGACGACUCCACCUGCAGGUUCGGAGGCGUCUGCAGAGACGACGGAGCUCAACUCAAGUGUGUUUGUCAGUUCCAGUGCCACAAAAACUACAUCCCAGUGUGCGGCUCUAAUGGAGACACCUACCAGAACGAGUGCUACCGGCGGCAGGCGUCCUGCAAACAGCAGCGCCUCAUCUCCAGGGUGUCGGACGGACCGUGUUCAACCGAUCCCGGUUCCGGUUCAGGAGACGGAGACGAUGACGAAGGUUCAGGCUCUGACGCUGGGAAGAAGUUCACCAAGUGCAGCACAUGUAAAUAUGGAGCCGAGUGCGACGAAGACUCGGAGGACGUCUGGUGCAUAUGUAACAUCGACUGCAGCGGCCACAACGAGAACCCGGUCUGCGCCACCGAUGGGAACUCCUACAACAACCCCUGUCUGGUCCGAGAGGCAUCGUGCAUGAAGCAGGAGCAGAUCGACGUCAAGCACCUGGGCAGGUGUCCCGCCGAUAAAGAAAAACUGGGGAAGAAAGACGACAGCAGCCCUUUCAAAGUAAAAGUCCUGGAAACCACCGGUCUGGACCACGGAGACGGAUUCUACGCCGGCAUGCCGAUCCCCUGCGCCGACAGUUACGCAGGAUUCUGUGUUCACGGAAAAUGUGAGAUCAAAUACAACAUGGCGACCUGCAGAUGCGAUGCCGGAUACAAAGGUUCUCAGUGCGACGAGCCGCAGGACUUCAACAUCCUCUACGUGGUUCCCAGCGGUCAGAAGCUGCACUACGUCCUCAUCGCCGCCAUCAUCGGCGCCGUGCAGAUCGCCAUCAUCGUCGCCGUGGUGAUGUGCAUCACAAGGAAAUGUCCCAAAAACAACAGAGGCCGCCGACAAAAACAGAACCUCGGACACUUUUCCUCGGACACUAACUCCCGGAUGGUAUAGCCGCCGCAUUGGCUGCUGGUUGCUUUUUGAUAAGUUUUUUCUUACGGCGUGGGGAAAUACCAUUUUUUUUAACCCUAGGUGUGGUAAUAAUUUCCUUUCUUUUGUCUCCUGGGAAAACCAUUUAAAAAGAAGAAUAUUUAUUUAAGGGGCCUUAUUUUCCCUCCUUUGUUUUUCGUUUCGGAUGGAAUUUCUGCGCAUUUAUUUUGCGCGAUUAUUUUUAAUUAUUUUUUUUCCAAUUGCAAAGUACAAGGAGCCGAAUCAACAGAACCACGUCUGCCGUCUUAAUUCCUUUUAACUGCUUCCUUAGAGGUUUUGCUAAACUGGCUAACAGAGUAACAUCGGCCCCCGUGGAAUGUGUAUUUAUUGACAUUUAUUUGCCUCCCGCUGUUGUUUUUGUUUUUAUGUUUUUUUUAACUACUAAUGUGCAGCUGAUCACCAAAUGCAGUUUGUUUUAAAUGUUGUGUCGGAGGAGCGUCGGGGCCAGCCAGUCGUUGAUCCUUUGCUAUGAAAUUCCAUGUAAAGACUUCACUGUGGUUUAAAACGAGCUAAUAAUUUAUUAUUCUUUUCUUGAGGGUAGUUUUUACUCGAGGUCUUUAUGUUUAACUUCCGUUCUGAAUUCUAGUUCCUGUAUAUUCGCAUGACUUGUGAAAACUGUGUACUGUGGUUGUAGUUUAAACUUUUUAAAAGGAAAGGCCGUCGACGCCUCCUCGGACGGACGAACCGAGGACUCUGAGGGGGGGAAGGUGUUAUUCAGUGUUUAAAAAAGGAAUGUAUAAGGCUUUGGAAAGCAGUCUGCAGGCUUUAACUCUGGAGUGGAGCCACUAGCGCUUCGACCGGGAGCAGAUUAGUGUCGAUUGUAAGACUUAGAGGCAGGAAUGUUUCAGCAUCUUCGUUUGUAAAUCUCAAGUCGGCUGUUUGGGGGUUUGGAAGGACUGCAAAUCAACUCUCCGUGACGUUUUUUAAAUUGGAAGAAGUCUUGGUUGCUGAUGACGGCUGUGAUCAAGGACUUUUCUUUGAAUGUGAGAGAAUAAUUUAGUCUUUUUUGGUUUGUUUUGCAUUUGAGUUUUCGGCACUCAGAAAACCAACAGUAAUCUAAUAUAGUGCAUUUAAAACACAACCCCAACCCCUUUUCCUUCUAGUAUGAAGAUUAGAUAUAAGGUCUUACAGAUACUAGACGUCUCUCCAUAACAUUUUUGGCACAGAUACAUAAGAAAAAGUCCUUAGAAAACGUGAAAUAUCAAAAAAAAGUACCACAAUUUCCCCAGAAAAACUGUUGCUCUGGUUGGUUUUUGAGUUUAAUGCACUUCAUGGGAAAUGGAGACAUGUUUUCUGAAAAGGUUUUGACUUAGAAAACUUCUUUUGUUGUCUUCAUCUCCGGACAUCAUAAAACACGACUGAUACCAGCCGACAUGAAAGAAUAUGUACAACUUUCUAAAAUAAGAAUUCCUUAAGACAUCAUUCCAAUUUUCUGUUUUAAAAACCGUUAAAAACUGUUCUUGUUUGUUUCGUCUUCAACUAGUUUUGUUUUGUUAACUAGUUUGUAGGCAACAGUGCCCCCUUCUGGAUACAAUACAGAGCCUGGUGGCCCCAAAUCUAAAUGCUAGCUAAUUAGCAAGCUAAGGUAAUUCAGAUUUACAGUUACCUGGAAACCCAUUUCAGACAUUUCAGUCUUUUCACAUAUCAGUGUUUGGAAGUCUUAAGGCCAAUUCUUGGUUUCCACAUCCACAAAGUCUUGGACGCUCAUUUUGUUUUUGUUUCUGAAUAUUUUUACUCCAAAUUCUGGGUCAUAUUCUUGCACAUAUUGAUCAUAAAACUUUUAAUGUUCGUUCCACAGAUAGCCACAACUAAUAAUCAGACUGCAGUCCACAUUCAACCACAAUACUUUGUCUUAAUUAUGAAACAAGGCUUCUGAAUUUAUAUUUUUAUUUUUUAAACAUGAAUGCAUAUGUUUCAGUUUUGGUCAUUAUAUUCACAAAGAUAAAUUGUGUAGUUUUGUGCAUUUUAUAUCAGAAUCUCACAGUUUCACAGCAAAUUGUAACAAAGGUUGAACAAAAAUUGUUGUUUUCUUAACCAAAAUUUAACUUCGCCGCUCUGAAACUGGACUCUGUUUGGGUUUUUCACAUUCGCUGCUGAAAAGUUGAAAUGAUUUUACAGCAAAUGAAUCAAAGAAACCCGACCCAUGUACUCGAAUACACGGUACAGAUAUAUGUGGAGGCGUCCUAAAGCCUAAAUUUGUGUAAAACUCUUCAGUACGCUGUUAACUUAUUCAACAAUUAGCCAGCUAGCUUCGAGCUAGCUGCUGUUUUCACUUGUCCAAAUUUGUAACAUUUUAGCUCCAGCCACACGUCCCACGCGAACAAAUUCGCAGAUAAAACUAUUUUGAUGUGAUUAUAAACUAAUUGUGCUGCUAGGAGCUGUUGAGCUAACAUUAUCCAUGUUAGCUAGCAUGCUAGGCUGCUAACAGAGGUAGAAGGGAACUAAAAUAACUCAACCUUCAGAGGAAGUUCCUGUAAUUCGGUUUAAUUACUGAUUAAUGACUAAUAGUUGUGCAGUGAAGGGUGAGGUUAGGGAGGAACGACCAGCAAAUGACACCAGAUUUGUGAAACCUUCGAGGCCGAGCUGAGGUCCAAACUGCCAGUUCAGGGAGGUUUGUCGUCUCCGUAUGUUUUUAACUUUGAUUUUCUGUUCGUCUUUAGUCUGGACAUUUGCAGGUCGUAGUUGAACCUUCACCCAAACCCCAGCGACGUGUUUCUACUUGUCGACCAUCGCAGCCGUGACUUCUCUAAAUGUGACUAGAAUGUGUUUGACAUGUUAAUAUUCUGCAUGUAGACGCUGAGAGGCUACUUUUGGUCUCGGACAAAAUUAAAAAAAAUGUUUUUUUAAUGUA